CCCCAGAGCCUGUCUGACGGUGACAUGAGCAAGUUCAGUCUCAUCCAUCAACCGUCAACCACUCAUGUUGGGGAUUCACCAAAUUGAAAGAACGAACGUGAUCAAAAUUGAAGCCCGGUUGACAAUAUCUGGAAGAAUCCAGCCAAACAACUUCUCUCGUUUUGGUAGAUUUAUGAAAGAGCUUUUGAUUAUUACAAUGCUUACUGGGGUAGUAGAUUAGGUAAGUAUAUUAAUUACAGUUUUUACCAACUGCUUACACACGUUUUCAAAACUAAGUCUCCUUUUUUCAAAACUCUACACACAACUCUCAUAACUGCACACACAAAAUGCAAAAUGCCUCACAUUUCCUUCAAAAUGCAACACUGCAUUACAAAAUGCCAUAAACACAUGUCAGAAUGAAGCAUUUGUGUCAAAUGGCAAACACUUCUUUCAUAAUAAUACAUUUUUGGAUAUACCAUGUAAACACUGCUGUUCUAAAUCUAAAGCUCUUUGGUCUUUCAUAGGCUUAUAUCUACAUUUCAAUACAAUGUUCUACGGUGAAAGUGAUGUGCUGAGAGGGGUAACAAGUACACCAACGCCAAUGAAAUGUAUAAACAGAAAAUAUUUAUUAGGCCAAACAUUACUGUUGUAUACAUUAGCAUACAACAAAACUAUAAACAUGUAAACUAAAAGUAUAUUCUUUACAGUAGAAUACAGUAAAUUGUAUGUGGGGUCCCGGUCCAGGAAUUGGCAGGGGGGCAGAGGGGGUGCAGUCCCCAGUGCUAAGCUCCAUCUCUUCUCCGAGCUGGGUCUGGCCACAAUACUUCGGGCCACAUAACAAGAUACGUUUUCUCUUGCCAAACAUCGAGGGAAGUAUAUCCUAGCAUGGCGUAUCCAACCUUGGACAAAGGCAACUUCUAUGUCCCCACAUGCGUCCUCCAAUGCCUGGAGAAGCGGCAUGCGGGCAUAGGGUUGGCGAUCAUACACUUUCCAGCGCCAGGCUGAGAAGAAUUCCUCUAUGGGAUUUAGAAAAGCAGGCGCCUGAUCUGGAUCAGGGACAAGCAUUGUGUGAAUUUCAUCCAGAAAAGCAGCUUCAGAAGAUCGUACUCGACAUCAAGAAGAACGACGGCAGCCUGCUGAACAAACUGAGAAGGUUGAAGAGCAAACCGAGUCCAAAAGUGCCCGCCAGAGAUUACAGAGAUGCCAGGCGAGAUGAUGAUGAAUUCUCUGAUCUGGACGAUGAUAAUGACAUGUAUGAGGAUCCACGUGAGGACCAAGACUGCAGCUACGAGCCUCCUCCCAGCCACAUGGCCUUCAACCCGACGCCCUUUCCUCCCUUGGGAAGGGGGGAGUAUCUCGACGACCACCGAAACCGCCCCUGUCGUCCCCCCAGGAAGCCCCUGCGCCCGGGCAAAGGCUCCAAACAACUGCCCCCCGAACCCACUCAGCUGGCGAGCGAUGAAGAAGACUACGUCAAUCCCAACUGCAGCAACGAUGACGACAACUACGUGGAGCCUGAGGAAGAUCCAUCCCCAGAUCUUGUGGUGGUCGCUGGGGCCCGAGCAGCGAAGAACCGCCACAUGUUGCACACACCUUUGGCAGAGCGUCCACCCAGUCCCGACUUUUACGAAGUUCCUGACAAAAAGGAAAACUCAUUAUCAUUACCCACAAGCAGAGCGUGUCCGAUCCCCGCAAGACAGUCGCAUUCUUUACCUCCGAAGCCCAGCCCCAGAGGGAAUACGGGGAGAUCUCCUGCUAUCCAGGAGCCCGCGGAGGACGAUGAAUAUGAAGUUUGUAAUCCAGCUGACAGUUCUAAGGAUAAACCUGCAGACGGUCCUUCUCUCCCAAGAUCUUUGUUCAGAGAGUUUCCAAAACUGUCGAAGCCUGUUUUAAAACCGAGGGAAUUUGAAAGCCGGACGCUGCCUGCGAUGCAGAGCGACCAGAAGCCCCCGCCGAAGGCUUUUACGCUGGACAUGAAGUGGCCAAAGAUCACUUUUCCACCGCCGACCCCCCCCAGACCGGCCGACAAAGGAAGCGUGUCCGCUGACAAUGGGUCGACAGACCAAGACAAGGACUCAGACAUCGGCAAGCAACCCUGGUAUGCCGGCGCAUGCGACCGCAGGACUGCCGACAACGCCCUGUGUCGCUCAAACAAGGGCGGGGCCUUCAUGGUGAGGAAGAGCUCGGGUCAGGACGCACAGCAGCCCUACACCCUGGUGGUGUUCUACAACGGCCGAGUGUACAACAUCCCGAUCCGCUUCAUCCCAACAACGCAGCAGUACGCCCUGGGGCGAGAGAAGAGAGGGGAGGAGCACUUUAGCAGCGUCUCACAGAUCAUCGAGAACCACCAGAGGACCCCGCUGGUGCUGAUCGACAGCCAGAGCAACGCCAAGGACGCCACCAAGCUGCGCUUCCCCUCGAGGCCCUAGAAGGGCCCCUCGCCCACCCGCCGCGUUUCCCGUCAGACUGGUAACAGAACUCCCCGCCGCGCCAGCACCUCUGGAUCAGCAGCACCGCCGCAGAUGUUUUCUUAACCCCGCAGAUGUUUCCUUAACCCUUAAUGUUGAGAUGUGAACAGUGUGAAAGGAAUACAAGGAAGGAGACGGUGCCGAGAGAAGGAAGCAGGUAGACCGUUUGUUUAUGACAGCAAUAUGUUGGACAGCCGAAACACACACUGUUGUAUAUUUUUUGUUUUAAUAAAAUUAAAAUUAAAAGACGUUAUUACUUGUGUUUUAUGACUGCAUCUCACAAACAGUCAUCACAAAAACACAACCAGGAACCGACUGACUGGUUUAUUUAUUGUCCGGUCAACAAGUAAUGCUCUUAUACUCACAUUUUAUUGCAUAACAUGUAUUCCUAGGCACUUGGUGAGAACUCUGUAGUCAUAUUUUACAGUACCUCUAUCUGGGUAUCUAUGUACACAAGUUUACAUAUUUUUUAUCCAAAUUGAAAAAUAUAUACAAAACACAGUUACUGAGACACACGGACACGAGCACCACGCGGUCUGAUGGUCCGUGAUUCUCCCGCGGAAUACUGAAGGCGUGAACCCGUGAAACUACAGUAGGACGCAGGUUUGAGAUUGUCAGAAGCUUAAGCCUGAUAAAGGUGAGGUAACGGGCAAUAGAAAUCCUCCUUUCAUAGUGCAAUUAAAAGAUAGCGUUAUCAUUUCAAGUCAAGAGGAAAAAUUGAUGGAAAACUAUAAUUAACAAAUUACAAAACAAUAAAAAAGCCCAUGAUCCACAGACCUCCUAAAUUCCAAUUUAAAGCAAUUCUGCCAGUGUUACAUCGACAUAAAGAAAAAACGUACAUUUCUUAUUUUCUAUUUAAAUUAAAUUGUGAUUUUGGGGAUAAUUGGCUAAAUAAAUAUAUCUAUUACAGAUAACACUAUUAAUUGAACAUAAUUCAAUUCAAAUUUGUUUUCCAAAUAUACCGAUUCUUCCAAUUCUCCCAAAUAAAAAUAAAAAAGCAUAUAAAAUCUAAACAUAAAUGUCAUAAAUAAAUGUUGAAUAAAACAGCUUAUUGUUUUUUUUUCCUUUCUUUUUUCUGAAAUACAUAGUUCAGAUACGUCUGAAUAACUUUGUGAGACAGCUAUCGCGCUGUAGAACCUACCCGUACAUGAACUGAUUCAGCAUGGCAAAUACACAUAUUACAGUGUUCUGUACUUAGAUCACCUUAAAUAAAGCUACUGCGUAGACAAACGGCACAAAGGAACUAAAUGGUGGACAUGGCUUUACAGGUCAUCACUAAUGUACAAAGAGACUCCGAUAGGUAAAUGUUUACCCUGAGAAUGAACCCCCGACACAAACAAAACAGAUUUAAGACUUAAA